AUGUCCGACACUGAACAAUCCGGCGAUGUGGAUGCUCUGGCAAAGAACCAGAUAUGGAUCAAAGUCCAGAACGACACUGGGUACGAUCUGCAAGCCCAAUCAGGAUUCGCCGAUUGGGGCGACAUUGCUGAGCCUCCUUUGAAAGUGCCUCCUCAAACCCUUGGUAGUGGCGGUCAUGUAAUCAGCUCUCGAAGUCCAUUCACUGGCUCGGCUGGAAUGGUCGGAUACAAGAUAAUUGGAAGCACGACGUUGUAUCUUCGAUUUCUUGUAUCAAACCCCUACAUGAGUGCCAGGGACAACGAAGCCACUGCAGCUGUCAUUACAGAAGAUAAAGGCAUCGACCAACCCAACUAUAACUGGCUCUAUAGUCAGUCUGAUACCCACCAGCACUAUUACAAGCCGUUCGAGGGUAAAACUCUCAAGGUAUCAAGUCAGAUCGGACAGGCCGAUGAAGCCACUGCCACCUUUACAGUCACUUUAGAGUGA